AUGGGCCCCGGAGCCUCCAUGUUUUCCGUCACGUCAUGGCCCUUUCCCGCGCCCACUCCCACCCCGCCCCGGCGGCCACUCUGGGGGCAGCACGCGCCGCCCCUCCUGACCCCGCCAUUCCCUCCCGGUGGCCCCCUGGUGCUGCCAGCCCUCCCCAACUCACCGUUGGCCGCAGGAGAGCCUGGCCUUGGCCCCAGUGGGACUGGGACCCGCAAUGUCAUUGUCCAGGUCAGGUCAGAACGGGGGUCCUCGGAGACACCCCAGACUCAGACCAUUGUCCUUACUCAGGCCCCCCUCAGCUGGAGUGCUCCAGGGGCCCUCUGUGGGGGUGCCUCAUGUCCCGCACCCCUCUUCGUGGCAGCCUCUGUGCUGGAGACCAGCAUGCCUGCCUCGGCCUUUGGGGGCCCCCAGGCUGGCAAGGGAGGCUUGGCCCCAGGCCUUCCAGCCCCAGCCCCGGCCCUGGCUGCCCAGCCGGCCCCCAUCGUGCCCCCAGUGGACGCCGGGCCACAGCCUCACGGAGCUUCCAGGGAGGGCAGCCUGGCCAGGAGCCCGACCACGGCCUCGCCCGAGGACUCCUGUAACCCCAAGAGUGUUUGCGAGAACUUCAGGCGCUGGCAGCGCUUCAAGUCGCUGGCCCGGAGGCACCUCCCGCAGAGCCCCGAUGCAGAAGCUCUCUCCUGCUUCCUCAUCCCGGUGCUGCGGUCCCUGGCCCGCCUGAAGCCCACUAUGACGCUGGAGGAGGGAGUGUGGCGGGCCGUGCAGGAAUGGCAGCGCAGAAGCAACUUCGACCGCGUCAUCUACUACGAGAUGGCAGGAAAGUUCAUGGAGUUUGAGCUGGAGGAGGAGAUGCAGAUUCAGAAGUUGCAGUGGCUGAAGGUGGCCCAGGGCCUGCCUCCUCCAGCUCCGCCGAAGCCUGAGCCACGGGGGCCCCCAGCCCCGGAAGCGGGCCCACAGCCAGCGUGCAUUCGCAGGAAGGCGGGUUCCAGGGCCCAGCCCUCCCGCCUGCAGCCACACAGACCCCCACGGCCCCUGGAGAACAAGGCGCCCAAGGAGAUCCCCCCUGAGGCCGUGAGAGAGUACGUGGACAUCAUGGAGGGGCUGCUGGGGCCUGGCCACUCAGCCCCGGGGGGGCCAGCAGGUGAAUGGGGAGAGGACGGAAAGGAGCCACAGCAGGAUGAGGCCACGACCUACCCGGACCCGGGUCUCCUGAGCUACAUUGACAAGCUGUGUUCCCAGGAAGACUUCAUCACCAAGGUGGAGGCAGUCAUCCACCCCCGAUUCCUGGCAGAAUUGCUUUCCUCAGAACCACAGCUGGACCUCCUGGCCCUAGCUGAGAAAUUGGAGCAGGAGGAAGGACUCACCCUUGCAGAGACAGGCUGGCAGGAGACGCCACCACCUGGCACGUCUCCUGGGAGGGCCCUGGACAUGACUCCUUGA